AUGUGUACAUGGACGGUACAUUCUCGGUGGUGCCAGUCAUUUUCAAACAACUCUAUACGAUCCACGGUCGGUACAAAGGCCAUCACGUGCCGCUUGUUUACGUUUUGACAUCCGACAAAAAAGAAGAAACAUACAACGCGAUCCUCCGCGCUUUGUUGGACAUUGAGCCGAAAAUCAACCCGACUGAUUUUAUGACAGAUUUUGAAAAGGGGGCCAUGAAUGCGGUGCAGCGAAACUUCCCAAUGGCUGAAGUUCACGGUUGCUUCUUCCAUUUCACACAGAACAUCUGGCGGCACAUACAGUUGGUUGGACUGCAAACUGUUUACAACGACAAUGCAGAUUUUGCUUUCCAGUUCCGAUUGAUAAUCGCUCUCGCAUUUUUACCAACCGACUGUGUAUCUGAUGCGUACGAUGAACUGAUCACCACGGAAUUCUUCAAUGGUCCAAACGUACACAAAGACGCAAUUGAAGAACUGCUGACAUACUUCCAAAGUACAUACGUUUAUGACUUUGAUCGUUUUGGAAAGAAGAAACCACCGCUCUUCCCUCCGGCUUUAUGGAACGUCUAUGGGUUAAUACUUUCAGGUUUCCCCCGGACAAAUAACCACUGCGAAGGUUGGCACAACCGCAUCGCCGCGAUGUGGGGUACUCAUCCAAGCAUUUUUACCUUCAUCAAUGGUAUGAAACAAGAACAGGAUAUGCAAGAGCUCGAAAUGGCACGAAUCGAAGCAGGCAAUGAGGCGGCUGCACGUCGGAAAACUUAUGUUCAAAGUGACAAGCGAAUCAUUGAACUGGUGAAGCAAUUUGAUGCUGACAUACACGACGGGUCAUACCUUCCUUACCUCAAAUCGAUCGCUCACAACGCCCGGUUCUGAAAAUUCAUUUUUUUAGCGCAAAAAUCAUCGGUUUAAACAAAAAACGACAAAUCAUUCAUGAAUUUUGCAUACAAUUUGAAAUGAUUCGCAAAGUCGAAGUCAACGAUUUAAAUUGUUGAUGAUUUCCUAUUUUUGUGUGAUGUGUUUUAUAAAAAUAGUCUGAAAAAAUACUUAUUGCUUGAAAAAACACAAGAAAAAAAACAAACAUAAGAAAGAUUUGUUGUUUGUUAAAUGGAACAAAUCAGUUUUUUUGAAAUUUUCAAUCGCUUUUCAAACUAGAAAAAAUUAUAGCAAACAAUACUUAGACUAGCUUGGAGUUUACUCAAACCACAGAAAGAAAAACGAACAAUUUCCAAAUCGAAUAAUAUAUAAUAUCAUGAAUUUGGUUCGAAAAAAUUCCUUUCCAUCGUUCAGAUUUUUUUAAACUUGAAUUCAUAUGUACACGAAAUCGAGUCGAGUUACAGAGUAGUUUAAUCACAAAAAGUGCACAAUAAAACCAUGUGGUCUUUUUAAAUAUACAGCUGAAUUUGAAUUGAAGCAAUUUCAAUUUCAUUCGAGUCUAAAAUCGGAACAAAAUAUACAUGUAUACUAUUUCAUAUAAACGAAAGCACCACACAAAGAAUAGAAUUCUUUUUCAUUUUAUGUUUAUUCUUAAAACUCGUUUGAUUAUUUAAUACAAUGAGACAAUUUGAUAAAAAAAUCAAAAUCGGAUACAUUCAACACUUUUUGAUCAUUUUUCAUUGUGAAUAAAUGGAAAAAAUCAGAAUUGUCGCUGUUUUUUAUUACGAAGAAGAAGAAGUAGAGUAUGGUUUUUUUAUUCUGCGUGUCUGCUGUGAGUAUUUGAGCGCAAAUUGAACGGACAGUGGUAAACUCAUUUUCAUUUGAAAAUUUGUGAAAUGUUUGUCAUUCGAUGCAUUG